CACCCUAUCCGUUCUCCUACCGCAUCCAGCUCUUCCACCCUAGGGUGGCCGCCUGGCCCCAGCAGCGGCCUCGCCGCUUCCCAUUGGCCGCCCGACCUAGCCCCACCCUCCUGCCUGCGCGGCCCUCGGGGCGGAGCCGGGAAGAGGGAAGCCCUUCCAAGCAACGCGUGCGGGAGCCGCAGACGGAGGACUCUUCCCGCCAGCCGGAGAUAGGCGGGUGCUGAGCUCCAGCGCGCCGAAGGAGCCUUGCUUGCUGCUCGAGGCUGCUAAGGGGAAAAGCGAGCCCAAAGGAAGACGCGGUUGGAUGGACGCUUAAAAAGAAGAAUCAUUCCAUUUGGGCGAGUGCCUGGCCUUUCCCAGCCUCGCAGAUGGUCAAGAGCUAAAAAAAAAACCCCAAAAACCCACACAACCCCAAGAGUAACUUGCGCCCUGCGGGCAAGAUGCGAAAGUCACUUCCUCGCCGCGCACGCAGGGAAACGCGGAGAUGCUUCUGUUAAGGCGCGGAGAGCGGAGCGGGGGCAAGAUGUGAUUCUCCCCCCCCCCCGCCGCCUUUUGUUAAGUGCAAGAGAGAGAAAACUGCCGAGGAGGAGAAGAAGAAGAGGACGACCCUGGCGCUGGCCUCUGCUCCGGACUCCUGCUCGCGAUGAUGGAGCGCCGACUCGAGCGGUGGGGCUUGUGGGUGCCGCUCUCCGCCUGCCUCCUCUCCCAGGUGUUGGGCAUGACUCCCGACUGCAACCUCAUACUGACCAUUCAAUCCGAACGUGACAAAUGCUUGGGACACUCCGACGCUGAUAACCAGACUUCAGGCUGCAAGAGUCUGUGGGAUAAUAUCACUUGCUGGCCUGCAACAAAUCUGGGCGAAGUCAGAGUGAUGCCCUGUCCGAUCUAUUUCAUCUACUUUUCAGAGGUUCAGGGUAAUGUGAGCAGGAACUGCACCAGUGAUGGCUGGUCCGACCUGUACCCUGCACCGACAUAUGGUGCAGCUUGUGGGUAUGAUCCCAACAGCACAUUCCCAACAGAAGAGACUGCCAUGUUCUAUGGUACUGUGAAGACCGGAUACACCAUUGGACACAGUUUGUCUCUCAUCGCUCUAACGGCAGCCAUGAUUGUCCUGUGCUUUUUCAGAAAACUACACUGCACCCGUAAUUAUAUCCACAUGCAUCUCUUCAUGUCCUUCAUCAUGAGAGCAAUCGCCGUCUUCGUCAAGGAUAUCAUGCUCUUUGAGAGUGGGGAGUCGGACCACUGCUUCGCGGGCACGGUGGGCUGCAAGGCAUCCAUGGUCUUCUUCCAGUACUGCAUCAUGGCCAACUUCUUUUGGCUCCUGGUGGAAGGCUUGUAUCUCCACACGCUUCUGGUCAUCUCCUUCUUUUCAGAGAAGAAGUACUUCUGGUGGUACAUCUUGAUUGGCUGGGGCGCGCCCGCACUGUUUAUCUCUUCUUGGACCGUCAUUAGACUCCACUAUGAGGAUGUUGGUUGCUGGGACUUAAUCGAGUCGCCCUUCUGGUGGAUCAUCAGGGCUCCCAUUCUGGUUUCUAUACUGAUCAAUGUCAUUCUCUUCAUUCGCAUUAUCCGGAUCCUGGUGCAGAAACUUCACUCUCCAGACGUCGGACGAAAUGAAACGAGCCAAUAUUCGAGACUUGCAAAAUCCACCCUGCUGCUGAUCCCACUCUUUGGCAUUCACUACAUUGUGUUUGCCUUCUUCCCUGACAAUGGAAAGAAGGAGGUAACGGAAGUGAAGCUGGUCUUUGAACUGAUCCUGGGCUCCUUCCAGGGCUUUGUAGUGGCUGUCUUGUAUUGCUUCCUCAAUGGCGAGGUUCAGGCGGAGCUGAAGCGCAAGUGGCGCCGGUGGCACAUGGAGAGGUUCCUGGGUACCGAUAUGAAGUAUCACCACCCUUCCUUGGGCAGCAAUGGGACCAACUUCAGCACACAGAUCUCCAUGCUGACCAAAUGCAGCCCCAAAACCCGCCGAUGUUCCAGCUUCCAGGCCGACUUGUCUCUCGUUUGAGACCCAGGAGCCCAUUACCAAGGGACAAACGGGCGGGGUGGAAGGCAAGAAAGAUGGGACCACCGAGGACUUUGCAUUAAUUUGUUUUUGUUUUAAGACAAAGCAUUCAUGUGGAUCAAGCCAGAAUGGAACCAGGGCAAAAUCUGAAUGAGAAGAGGUGUGUCCAGACAGAUUCUUUCUUUUGCUCUUCCCAGGUUUUCAACUCUAGAUGUUGGGAGACACUUGGGAAUCCAGUACGAUAGCCCUGCACAACAGACAAAGAGGAAGCCUGGUUGAUGUUUGCAAGGACUCUUGGUAGACUUCACUGGAGCCAGCUCUGCUUUUGAGUUGUGACCUAACUUGCAAAGCACCUUAGUGGGAGAGGGCUCAGACAGACUCGGUGGGUGCAGAGAGAGACUGCCUUUAACAGUAGCACCCCAGUAAGCUACUUUUCUCAUCUGAUAAACUUCAGCAUUCAGAAUGUCAUCUCAGCUCUUGACCCCUUCUUCCAUUCUUUUGCUAGCUUUCAGUGGGUCCCGAGGUACUCCAAGAAGAUCAUUUCCUAGAUAAUUGAAAUGUAAGCUGUUGGUCUACCUAGUCCAGGACUGUCUACUCUGACUGGUAGCAACUCAUCACCAGGUUCAGAGGUUUCAGUUCCAUUACAUGGGCCGGUUUGAGGAGCUGCUGCAUAUUGAACCUGGAACCUUCUUUGUGCAAAGAUACAAGCUGCAGCCGCUCCCAAAAUGGGAAUCAGGGCCCGGCAUGAUGCAUUUGAGCCAGCUACCACCUCUUCCCUACACAGGCUGGUUCAAAAGCUGCUCAUAAGGUGUGUUUGGUCAGUUGGCACUCAUCCCAUCAGGAUACGAGAGGCCUGUGGUCUGGAGUGAGGAGCAUCAUCUGGCUGGGGAAGAAGCAUUUCCCCAGGUUGGUCAGCCUAGGGGAAGCUGGGCUUUCUGACUGGAGGUCUGGAUCUUCCUGGUCAAGCUGUUGGAGCUCAGUGGUAUCAAUAUUGCCAAGAGAGCUCUAAUUCCUGAGCAGCUUGGCUGGGGGAGUCUGUGCCUCUCCCUGUCUGAAGACCUUGGCAUCCCUUCUUUUGGUAAACUCUUGGGUUCAUAGAUGCAUGCCCAGAUGCCAACAACAGAGUCCGGUGGGGAAAGCAGUAUUUUCAAGUGUUGAUUAUAUACCAUGCACAUAUGAGGAUUUUGAAGAGGACACGAAGAGCAAAAAUGAGACUUGUACAUUGUUGGUGACCCAAUGGAUUGUCUUCUUUUCAAGAGAGAGAGCCUGUUCUCUACAUGGCUCAAAAGGAAGAAGGCCCAACAUUUUGAAGGUCUUAUUUCCCUUGAUUACCCUUCCUCAGAGGACUAGCAUCUUCGGUCUACCCUUUUAUAAAUAGUCUGGAAACUUCUGGCAGCGCUGUUUUGAAAGUGACUGAACAUGCCACUUCAGCAUCCUGUUUCCAGAGACGAUGAUUUAUCAAUGUGAAGGUUCUUGAGAUUUUUCUCUCGGUGGUCCCCUCACCCACCAUGGACACGGAGCCAACCUUAUUUCUAAUUACCUUCGACCCUGUGUUAUUUAUUUAUCCCAAUGCAGAAUUGUAAAUAUGUGGUGGAUUGUCUCCUUUCUCUUUAUUUGUUCAUCUCAGAGGCUUUUUAAAAAUAAAAAAAUUAAAAUUGGAGGCUACCAUUGACACAAGCAGAUAAUAAAGUGGUAUGGAAAGGUG